AUUGUUAGUGCCGUAACACAGAAACAGCUCAUUAAACUAAACAUCACACUGAACAGUUCACAGUUUAGUUUCAAUGUAGGCUAUGUGUAAAUACAUAUCAGUUCAUAUUCACGGUUAGAUAAGGUUUUAAAUGUUAUCGGGCUCGUUGGCCGGAAGCUGUUAGCCGAGCUUCACCGAGAGAAAGAAGCAGCAGAUAUUUACCUGAACAAGGAGUCCAACAUGGAGGACAUGUUCAUCAAACCAGGUAACCAGGAGCGAGGAUGGAACGACCCCCCUCAGUUCUCAUACGACCUGCAGAAGGCCCGCGGACCUCAAAGGAACCUCCUGAACAAGAGAGCAGCUCCACCUGCAGAUUCAGGUCAUUGUGGUCCUGAACCAGUUUGUCUGAAGACUCCGCCUCCUUUCACACAGCUGACCAAUCACAGAGUGGGGUUGCUCUUGAUGGGUUUAUCCCUCUUCUAUGGUCCCUCAUUGUUCAGAGCUUCAGUAUUUAAUGGUUCUUGCAUCCUUAAUUUUUUCAAACAUCUGGUCUCUGAUUGGUCUUCAGGUUCUGGAGCCCCACCAAUGACCCCUCCCUCAAUAGGUUCAGCCCCGCCUCCUGUCAAUCCAGCUGGUCCACCUCCUACCUGUGUGGCCACGCCCCCUCCUCCAUUGGGACCAAUAAGAGGUCAGAAAGAGGCCGAUGGCAGCCAAUCAGAGAGUGAGCCUGAUGUAGAGGCUGUGAUGUUGGUGCUGAAUGGAGCACUGGCUGCCUGCAGAGAGACUGUUAAAGAUCAGGUGUGUAAUGAUGUGGCAAAGAGACUUCGUGUCCUGGAGGACAGCUGGAGGUCAGGAAGAUUGAGCCUACCUGUCAGGAGACGCAUGGACUGCCUGUCUUUGGAGUUACAGUCAGCUCGUUGGGACUCGGCUGAUGACAUCCAUCGCUCUCUGAUGGUCGAUCAUGUGACUGAAGUCAGCCAGUGGAUGGUUGGCGUCAAACGACUCAUCGCUGAGACCCGAAACCUCGGACCAGACCGCUUAGAGGGUUUUCACAAACCAGCAGGACCAGACCAAAGCCCCAUAAAACCAGACCAGGACCAUGUAAAACCAGAACAGGACCCUGAAAAAAACCCAGACCAAGACCCAGAUAAACCAGACCAGGAGGCGGUCUGUGAAUCAUGACUCUGUUAGUUCUGCAGUGACUUGGACUUGGUUCUUUCUGUUUCACACUUCAGCUGAGGGUCAGAGGUUAAAUAGGGGGGCUGGUCUGGACUGUGUGUGGAAUGUACAUCAGAAGUUUUCAGACGGUUGGACUAGUCCUAUGGGGGGCACUGCAGAGCUGACAGCGAGCUCUGCUCCUCUGUUUAUAGUUUGAACUCUGAGGACUCACUUCUUAAAGGUACAGGUGUUAAGUAUUAAAUGUCAGGGCUGCCAAACCAUUAAUCCUUUAAUUGCUGAAUUAAAUAGUUCAUUGAUUUCAUUAAAAUGGUAAGCCUUUUAUUAUGAA